AUGGACCCUGCGGCCAGGCGUGGGAGCCAGCGGCUGCCACACCACCGCCCCAGCACCAGGGUCCCAGCGGAGGGAGGGCGUGGUGGGGGCAGCGGCAUCCCCCCCCCCAUCCCGCACAGACGGACGGACUCACCUCCUUCCCACGGCCGUCCCAUGCUGCUGCCGGCACCGACCCGACCCUCUGCCACCGCGCCGCUCCCGGCCACCUUCCCGGCGGCGACCGCCGUCGCUGCUGCCGCCGCCGCUUUCCGCUUCCUGUGCCCGGCACCGCCCCGCACUCACUCCCCCCCUCCCUCCCCCGCCGGAGCCACCGCCCCCGGGCGAGGCUUCGCUGCCCGGGGAGCGGCCGCCCUCACCCUCACUGAAGCUCCGGCCCUAAAUUUUUCCGGAGGCGCACUCUGUUGCACCCGCGUCUGGUGGAGCUCUGCUGCGGGACCCGCUACUCAGCCCCAGAGGCCUGAUUUGACGCUUGAACCUCUCGCCGUGGUUCAGCCUCCUCUGCACCUCGAGGCGUUCACACGCUCCUUCACAUCUGCCGCUGCUUUCCCCAUCGCCCCCCUCAUUGCUGGUGGUGCCCACCCCCAGCGCCCCGCAGCUCUUCCAAGGCUCUGCAGCUCUUCUCCACCUAGCCAUGCGCCUCGCCUGUCCUAUGCCGUCACCGUCUCCUCCAGGAGAAAGAUCAAUCCUUUGGAGCUAUCUCAUCCCAGACUACGGCUCCCUCCGACCCUUCCCCCGGGCUUCCCGCUGACCUGUCAGCCCCCACCGCUGCACGUCCGCCUCCUGCACGCCCGGACCCCCGGCCCGAGCGCCGCCGGCGCGGCGGAGGGCCUGGAGGAAGCGAGACAUAGCGAGACGCCAGUCAGCCGCAGCACCGCUCCGUUCCCGCCGCCUGCGGCCGGCUGCGGGCGGGGCCAGCCGCAGCACCGCCCCGGCAGCGGGAGGGCUCGCUGGGAAGGGAGCACCGCGAUGGCGCCGUUGGUGCUGCUGCUCCUGUCGCUGCUGCCCGCGGCCGUCGCCGCCUACCUGUUCUGCGUGCGGCGGCACACAGGCAGCGCGGCGGCCGUGCUGCACCGCCGGAGGCCGCGCCAGGCCGGGCCGCCGGGCCCGCCCCGGGACACUUGGGCUCCGAGGCUGUGCGGUGCCGGGCUACGCCUCUUCGUCCACGUGGCCAACACGGCUUUUGGGCAGGUCUGCUUACUGCCAUUUUUAAUGAGAAUGAACAACUUCUCACUUAUGCGUUCCCUUGACAUUCACGAAGAUCCCACAUUUAUCCCGGAGGUUGCUGCGGGGGUUGCAGAAGACAAGUCUGAGGCUGAAAGCCCUUCAGAUGUUAUCAAGCAGCUGACAGAUGCAAGGUCUGAUUCUGCAAGGAAUGGGUUUAGCUUCAAAGGGAUCAAAGACUAUCUGGAAUGCUACCGGAGUGGGAAGCUGACACCAUCCCAAGUAGCCAAGAACAUCAUUGCCGUGUUGGAGGACUGCGACAAAUCCACGCCACCACUCAGAGCUAUAGUGCAAUGGGACCAGGAGCAAAUAAUGCUGAUGGCUGAGGCCUCUACUACUCGUUACAGGAAUAAGUGUACCCUGUCUUGUCUGGAUGGCAUCCCAGUGUGCCUGAAAGAAGAGUUCAAAGUGGUACCUUACCAUCACCGAGUGGGAACAGUGUAUCUUGGGACACAGCCCGAAACAAAAGAUGCUACUGUGGCCAAGAAGCUGCGGGAGGCUGGGGCUAUCAUUAUUGGGGUCUCAAACAUGCAUGAACUAGGGACUGGAACAACUGGAUGCAACCCUAAUAGGUACCACAGGAUCCCUAGGAAUCCCUACAAUCCUAACCACUUCACAGGUGGGAGCUCCAGCGGAUCAGCAGCAGCUGUAGCAGCAGGUCUCUGCCCUGUGGCUAUUGGCACAGAUGGAGGAGGCUCUGUGAGGAUUCCUGCUUCAUUCUGUGGUGUGGUGGGGCUGAAAGGUACAUUUGGGCGCAUCAGUUGUCAUGGCAGCUUGCCACUUUCCUACUCCACAGUCAGUGUAGGCCCUAUCUGUACAUCAGUGGCAGAUGCAGCCAUUGUUUACAGUAUCCUUGCUGAGCCAGAUCUGCUCUACCCAUACGGACUAAAACAGCCCAAAGCAACCCUAUCUGGUAUGUGUGCUCCUGACCUGAAAAGCUUAAAACUGGGAGUGGACUGGACAUUUUUUAAGGCAUGUGAUGCUGAAGUCCUGUCUGUCUGUGAGAAAGCGGUGGAGCACCUGCAGAGUUUGGGAGCCAGUGUGGUUGAAGUCUCUCUUUCAGAGAUGGAGGAAGCACGAGUGGCACAUGUGAUCUGCAUUCUCAGUGAGAUGAGGGACUUCCUGCAACCUGACUUCAAUAAACAUUUCCAUGAAAUGAAUUUGGAAACUCGGGCUAGCCUGGCCUUGGCUUCCCAGUUCACAGCUCUGGAUUAUAUUAAGGCAAAUCGACAGAGAACUCGGAGCAUGAGAUUUUUGCAAGACAUCUUCAGAACUGUGAACUGUAUCCUUACACCAGCUGUUCCUUGCACUGCCCCAAGAAUUUAUGAAUCUGACCUCUUGACUGGAAGCAGUGAUAUGUCCUUCACAGUCCGGUCCAUGAGGUUCAUGCAGCUUGGUAACUUUACUGGGAUUCCAUGCCUUGUGGUGCCUGUUGGAUAUUCUAUUACUGGGCUUCCGAUUAGCCUCCAGGUCAUGGCAAAAUGGUGGGAUGAAGCUGUUCUUCUGAGGAUCGGCCUAAAGCUGGAGCAGUUCCGUGACCAGACCAAAAAACCAUCCAUUUAUUAUGACAUCCUUGCAUGAUGGAGCAACCAAGAUAGGAAACAAGCCUGGUUUUUUUUUCCCUAGUCUGACCUGACCAAGUAUUAGAGUGAACUUGUUUUCAGUGAUCAUUAGAAUAAGGCUUGGUAGCAGGCCCAUCUGAGGAAUGGGGACAAAGCACUAUCUAAUCAGUCACUGAGGCUGAGCAGACAUAAUUUCUGCUCCCUGCUUAGUGGAUGGUCCAGUUUAUUCUAGGGAGACUAACUGUGCUAGCUAGUUGGAUUUUUGUCAACAGGGAAAGCUGCAACUAUCUUCCACAAUUUCUUCCCAUGUAGGGGUCCUGUGUUAUGCAUGGAAGGCAGUUGCAUCUGCAGGACUGCAUGCAGGCAGUUCAUACUACUGUUACAUGGCAAGAUACAACCUUAACUUUUUGACAAACAACUCCUCCUCCAGGACAGAACAGAGGUACUGUUUCUGAAGGGGAAAGGCAGCAAACACUGCCUAGCACCCUCAGAAUGAGGAUGAUCUUAACCAAGCUGCAUUUAGUAUUUGUUUUGGCCCUGUACUCAGGCACUGGGAGCAAACCAUAAAGCCUGUAACUAAGGAGGUGUUGCUGCCAACAGUGCAAAGUCUGCCCAACGGCUGCAUGUGUCUGCCCCUGAGUCCUGCCUCCCUUCAGCCUGGCAUGCAAGGGGAGGAAAAGCCACACCAUGAACCCUCCUUGACUCCACCCCAAAGCCCUGGUGCACUGUUCUGGUUUUCUUUUGCACACCUCCAUUUCCCAAGCUAAGCCUUGGAGAGCCUCUUGUCUCCUGCUGGUUGCUUAUACAUAAGCCUACUUCUAAAUGGAAGAAACCACUGGAUGCUGUAAAAAACUGUUCAAGGGGUGAUAAGCCAGCUCAGGUGGAACUUGUAGGAAACAUAAUUUGCAGGAAAUGCCACUGAGCUACUGCAAAAAUUGAAGCUGGAUGCAAGAAAGGUGUUGCAGAAAGCCAUAUGCAGCAAAGAGCCUGCUCUAGAUAAUUUAAAGAUAAGGUUGGCUUCUUACUUCCUAAAGUAAUCAAGGUCAAAAAGUAUGACAUGGCUGUAAGCCACCGUGUUGUUUUAUUGAAAGGCUCCAGACUGCAAAUUCCCUAGUACCUUUGUCCUGCCUGCAAUAUUAGGGCCAUGUGAACGGAAAGGCUUAGGAGUAACUAAACCUAAGCAUUUCAUACUGGGGUGAAUGCUCAGAGGUGUCUCCUGUUGCCUGCCUUACCAGGCAUCCUGGACUUGUGAUCAGGCUGCUGAAGAACUGUUCUACAGACAGCAGAGAUCACUGUAUUCUUAUGGAGCUUGGAAGGAAAGAAGAAAGUAGUUGCAGUUUCUCAGUUUUGGGAUUUUUUCCCCAUGCCUACAAUACUCCUUUACCAGAGCUAGCACUUUACUAAGGCUGAAGUUGUCAGAUGGCACCUGAAUUGCUGUCCCCUGCUUAAUUACACAAGUUAAAACAUCAAUGCCUACUAUCAACUGUCACUAGCAUGCAUGGUUAAUUGUACCUUUUAUCUUGAAUUCCUCUAUGGGAUACUGCCAGUUUUUUCACUGCAGUCUAGUAUAGCUCAGCUUUAGGAAGAACAGUCUCAAAGCAAAGUAUUUCCUGUAUUACUAACGAUAAGUUUUUAAUACUGCCAGCAUAAAUUACAAUGAAACUGCUGACGUGUACUGCUUAGCAAUUCAGGGAGUUGGUAAGUGUUUCACAAGAAUAAAUUUCAGCUAGGAACAUUACUGCUUGAAGGAAAUAGAUAAAGCUACUUAUUUCAAAUCCCUUCCUAAAUGCUACGUUACCCUAAAAUUCCAAUUUCAAUAUUUGGUUCAUUGGGUGAGAAUGGCGAGGGGAACUCAGGUUACUAGGAGGAGAGAGGCUAAAGUAAACAGUUGUUUUUUAAAAAUACCUGCAUCCUCCUAACAGUGGGAAGAAGAAAGAACUGAGUUUUUACUGACUGUCAGUAACUCAGCCUCCCUUUUCACACACUGCUUCCUCCCUUUACCUAAACAUAUCUCAGCAAUACACAGUGCCAGGGCAAGACUUUCCUAGUACUGAGAUCACUAAAAUAAACUUUACUCAUCCUGGUGAAA